CCAUGGCUUCAUGGGUUCUUCCAAAUCGGGAGGGUUCUCAAGUUAAGCUAAAACGAGAGCCCUCAUGUUUUAGCUUUUGCGUAAUAAUAAAGCCAACAACGGGUUGUGUGUUAUUGCCAAUAUCAUAUACGGUCAACUAAUAGCACAUUCAUAUAGACACAGUUUGGAGGUGCCGGUUCUAUAGCAUGCAAUGCAAGUGGGUGUCCUAGGAAGCUAAUUCCAUUUUCCUGCUGCUAGCUAGGUCGCAUCGAAUCUGUGCUAGCUGUGAUGGGUGGCGGCGGACGGUGAGGGUCGACCGGCCGGCCGGAGCAAAAGGAAAAGGCGGCCGGUGAUGGACGGAUGGAGUGGUACGGUGGUGGCCUAUUCCUCCUGGGUCAGCUCGAUCGCUUUAGUAAAGAUAAAGCUAGAGCCCUACUCUCUAUAGCUGACUGACAACACAUCGCAGCAGUAGCGUCAACUCCUCCCUGAUGCAAUCUCCAUCGUGCUUCAUACGUACUAUACUUGGAAUGCAUAUAUUCUCUUCCGAUGGAACAAUUAAUCGCAUGCUUGCUUUCGGUUGCUCACCGAUCCAUCUGUCGCUCUCAUGCAUCUUUAAUUUCUCUAGCUCCAUCCAUCGAUAACUUUAGUUAUUCUCCAGUCUAUUCCAUUCUCUUCUAUUCAUAGCACGCGCGCAGAAGGCCCAGCCUUCGUCCCGGCAAUACGCGUCGCCAAUACUACAUCGGAACGAACCAGGAUCGGAUCGAUCGAGAGCAGUAACCAGCAAAGGUCUGAUGGAGAUGAGCCGCGCGGCUCUGGACGACGUGAUCCGGCGGCUCCUGGACGCGCGGCGGUGGCGCCCGGCGGGGAAGCAGCAGCAGCAGCUGCUGGCGGAGGGGGAGAUCCGGCAGCUCUGCGCCGGCGCCAAGGCCGUGUUCCUGCGGCAGCCAAACCUCCUGGAGCUGGACGCGCCCAUCAACGUCUGCGGCGACGUGCACGGCCAGUUCCGCGACCUCGUCCGGAUCCUGCAGGAGCUUGGCGGCCUCCCGCCGCGGAGCAAGUACCUGUUCCUGGGCGACUACGUGGACCGCGGCGACCAAAGCCUGGAGACCAUCUGCCUGCUGCUGGCCUACAAGGUCCGGUACCCGGAGCAUGUGUUCCUCCUCCGCGGCAACCACGAGUGCGCCUCCAUCAACCGCAUCUACGGCUUCUACGACGAGUGCAAGCGCCGCUACACCGUCCGCCUCUGGCGCACCUUCACCGACUGCUUCAACUGCCUCCCCGCCGCCGCGCUCGUCGACGACCGCAUCCUCUGCGUCCACGGCGGCAUCUCGCCGCACCUCCGCAGCCUCGACCAGAUCCGGGACCUGCCCAGGCCCUGCGACGUCCCAGACGAGGGCCUGCUCUGCGACCUGCUCUGGUCGGACCCGGCCGCCGGCGUCCGGGGCUGGGCGCCCAACGACGACAGGGGCGUCUCAUGCACCUUCGGCGCCGACGUGCUCAAGGCCUUCCUCCGCACCCACGACCUAGACCUCCUCUGCAGGGCGCACCAGGUGGUCGAGGACGGAUACGAGUUCUUCGCAGACCGCCAACUCGUCACCGUCUUCUCCGCGCCAAACUACUGCGGCGAAUUCGACAACGCCGGCGCCAUCAUGUCCAUCGACGCGGACCUCGUAUGCUCCUUCCACAUCAUCAAGCCGGCGGCGGGCGACACAACCACCAACAGGGGCAUCGCCGCCGCCUGGGGCCGCAGCAGCGCCGCCUCAGCGUCGUCGUCCUCGUCUUCCGGCAGAAGCACAAAAAAGGGGUUGAUGCGCUACUGGUAGUUAGCUUUGCCACCUAGGCCACAGAUACCCAGAUCCAUCCAGUGGCCCGCCACAUCGCCUGGGCCACAGCCCACUCUAACAAAAGUUUCUUUUAAUUUGGUCACGGACUUUUCCACAGCAUAGAGACAUCAGACAUGGGCCUCCGAAUUGCUCAAGGCAAAUAGCCAAUAGAUCAUAUCUCAGCCUCCCACCUCUGUCUAUAUGCCAGUAUAACAUAUCUGAUCAUCAUUAUAUUAUAAUAAAAAAGAGACCUAUUCGCAAAAAAUAAAGAGACCAUUCAUGGCUAUUAUUAAACCGCUACCUGUUCUUUGCGAAAUUCUCUAAGUUAUCUACGGAUGUGGUCUACAAAGUACAACAUGCUCCUGUUAUGGUGUCCUGAUCCUCCUAAAACAAGACCCAAAACUGAAUCCACUGCAUGACCCUGAAAAGAAUUCGCAAACAAGAUUGUGUGUAUGCUUAUAAAAAUAAUAUCAUUUUGCUAAGCCAAAAUGAAAUUGCC